AUGGCUUGCUUUAAGCUCUUCUUUUGGUUCUACCCUGCCAAGCACCCACUGACAUUCGCUGAACUUGCAAAUGUCAAACAGUGUGCAACUGUGACCACGUGUCACCGGCCACAACAAAACCACAAAGAAACAGAAGAGCCAGCACGAGUGGCAUCAGCCUCAAGAUCCCUGAAUCCAUAUGUAGUAUUUUUUGCUGUUGUCGCAGUGGUGGCGAUCCUAGCAGUGAUCAUAGGUCUACUUGUCUACUUUUUAGCUUUUGAUCAAAAAUCUUCCUUUUACCAAAGCAGCAUUCAAAUCCUGGGUGUUCCAUAUAGUGAUGAGUUUAGUUCACCAGCUACAGAGAAAUAUAGGACUUUGAGUGGAAAUAUUGAAUCUAUGAUUACUAGAACAUUCAAAGAGUCAGAUUUAAAAAAUCAGUUCAUCAAAGCUCAUGUCGUCAAACUGAGGCAAAGUGGAAAUGACCUGAUAGCAGAUAUUGUCAUGAAAUUUACAUUCACCAGAAGAAACAAUGAAGCAUCAAUGAAAAGGAGAAUUGAGUCUAUUUUACACCAAAUGCCGAAUAACUCUGAAGACUUCGAAAUAACUCCAACUCAGUUAAUAAGCAAGUAUUAUUUUUUUACAUACCAUUUCAUACCAGUUUAUCUCUCUACAAAAUGUGGGGUCCGCUCGGGCCUGAUAACCUUGUCUGAGGAGAGAAUCAUGGGAGGCAGUAAAGCUAAGGAAGGAGACUGGCCUUGGCAAGUCAGCCUCCAGUGGAGCAGCUCUCACCGCUGCGGAGGAGCCUUGAUCAGUAACAGGUGGAUCCUGUCAGCAGCUCACUGCUUCAGAAGCUACUCUGAGCCUCGUCAAUGGAUAGCCACCUUUGGUACUUCCACAAAAUCUCCUCAACAGAGAGUAGGAGUAACGAGAAUUUUAAUCCAUGAGAAUUAUAACCCUGAAACUCAUGAAAACGAUAUUGCACUUGUACAACUUGAUAGAGAAGUCACUUAUACCAGAUAUAUUCAUAGAGUGUGUCUCCCAGAGGCCAACCAGGCCAUUUCACCCGGCUCCACCGCUUAUGUAACAGGAUGGGGAUCUCAGAGUUAUAGCGGUGACACAGUUCCAGAACUAGAACAAGCACAGGUCAAUAUAAUAAGUAAUAAUAUAUGUAACGCACCAGCUGGUUAUAAUGGAGCCGUCCUAUCUGGAAUGCUAUGUGCUGGAGUACCUCAAGGCGGAGUGGACGCGUGCCAGGGUGACUCUGGAGGCCCUCUAGUACAAGAAGACUCACGGCAACACUGGUUCAUCGUGGGGAUAGUAAGCUGGGGGUAUCAGUGUGGUCUGCCAGACAAGCCAGGAGUGUACACUCGAGUGACAGCGUACCGUGACUGGAUAACCCAACAAACUGGGAUCUAG